AUGUUGUUCCUCACCCGCUUCCCCUCAGCUCCUGCUCUGCUUCUCUCCAUCUUCACCAUCUUCUGCCAAAACAUGACUCCUGGUGUCCACGCGCAUCCCGUCGACGCGUGCGCUGCCAUCACCGCUGAGACCCGGGUGCUGAUGGACAGCUUAUUCUCGGAAUUCGCUCUGGACAAUUUUGGCACCAGCUUUGCAAAUGCACUCAGCGACGACCUCAGUUGGACUGUCACUGGUAGCUCCCCUAUAGCUGGAAAAUAUGAAUCGAAGCAGAUAUAUCUUGAGAAAGUCCUUAAUCCUCUUAGAGAUGUCCUUGAGACGCUACCAGUACCGAUAAUCGAUAGAAUCUUGGUCGACUGUGACUGGGCUGCUGUGAACUGGCACUCGGAAGGAGUGUUCGCCAAGAAUGGCAACAACUAUGAUAUGACCUACGCCUGGAUGAUGAGAGUCGAAGCGGGCAAGAUUGUCGAAGUCAUCGGGUUUUACGAUGGUGAAAAAGUCAGCAAAGCCUUCGAAGGAUAUACAUUCCCAGCGAAAGCAUAG